UUGCCUCCACAGCUGGUGACGCUGGCAUCGCAGCCCGGGCACUCGCCUGCAUCGCUGAUGUCCUGGGCUGCAUGGCGCAAGGGGAAGGGGGCUUGCGGAGCGGGCCUGCUGCCAACAGGGAGUGGGCCUCAGCUUUUGGGCGCCUGGAGAGCGGGGACAUUGCCGGUGGUGUCCGGGAGCUGGCUGCUGAGCGGCAGAAGUGGAUGAGCAGGGGAGCGUGCCAGUUUGUCACCGUGGGUCAGGCGGAGCUGCCACCCUUGGGACACUGGGUGCAGGUGGCAUGUCCAGCCCGCCUGGACCUUUCUGGCGGCUGGAGUGACACCCCCCCUAUCACGUACGAGCACGGGGGGGCUGUGGUGGACGUGGCAGUGCUGGUGGACGGGUGCCGGCCCAUUGGUGCCCGAGUGCGGCGCAUCGGCGAGCCAGAGCUGCGCCUCAUCAGCCUUGGCGGAACGCCGCAGAGCGAGGCAGCGGUGGAGCUGGUGUGCCGGGAGCUGGAGCACUUGCGGGAUUACUGCCAGCCGCACGCGCCAGGAGCCUUGCUUAAAGCUGCUUUCAUCUGCACCCAAGUUGUGCAGUUCCCCUCUCAAAAACCCUUGCAGGCCCAGCUGAUGGAGAGCUUUGGGGGUGGGUUUGAGGUGCACACCUGGUCCAAGCUUCCCCACGGGUCUGGCCUCGGCACCAGCAGCAUCCUGGCAGGAGCGGUGAUGGCAUCGCUGUACCGGGCGGCCGGGAAGGCUGCCAGCACCGAGUCCCUCAUCCAUGCCGUGCUGCACCUGGAGCAGAGGCUUACAACAGGUGGCGGUUGGCAGGACCAGGUGGGUGGGCUCACGCCCGGCAUCAAAAUCGGGAGGUCGAAGGCCCAGCUACCGCUCAGGGUGGAGGUGGAGAAGAUCCUGGUGCCCGAUGGUUUUACCCAGACCCUCAGCGAUCACUUGCUGCUGGUGUACACUGGGAAGACUCGCCUGGCCCGCAACCUGCUCCAGGACGUGGUGAGGAACUGGUAUGCCAGGCUGCCUUCUGCCGUGCAAAACGCCGAUGCGCUGGUGAGCAAUGCCGAGGAGUGUGCCCAGGCCUUGAGGCAAGGUAACCUGCCGCUCAUCGGCAAGUGUCUGGACCGCUACUGGCAGCAGAAGAAAUCCAUGGCCCCUGGGUGCGAGCCACUGGCUGUCGGGCGGAUGAUGGAUGCUCUCCGGCCCUACGUCUACGGGCAGUGCUUGGCUGGGGCUGGUGGUGGUGGUUUCCUUUACGUCUUAACCAAAGGCCCUCGGCAGAAAGAGGCUUUGCAGCAAAUUUUAGCAAAAACUGAGGGACUGGGCAACUUCAGCAUCCACAGCAUUGAAGUGGACAUGAGCGGUUUCUCUAUGGAAGUUGUGGGAUGCGAUCUGAAGGACGGUGCUCGCCCCAGAGAGGAUGUGGCUGUGUGA